CAGUAUGUCCCAGGUUCAGGAAACAAAAGACUUCUGCUUCAAGGCUGGAAGUUCUAGUUCAUCCCAUCUCUUCCCUUGCAGACAAGGUUACGCCCUGGACAUGGCCUCAGAGACCCACAUGCCAGGCCCAGUGUGCCUCAUUGAGAACAACGAAGGGCAACUGGUAGUUAAUCAGGAAGCUCUGAAGAUCCUCUCUGCCAUUACCCAGCCUCUUGUCGUGGUGGCCAUUGUGGGUCUCUACCGCACAGGCAAAUCCUACCUGAUGAACAAGCUGGCUGGGGUGAACAAGGGCUUCUCUGUUGGAUCCACGGUACAGUCUCACACCAAGGGAAUCUGGAUGUGGUGUGUGCCUCAUCCUGAGAAGGCUGACCACACCCUCGUCCUGCUCGACACCGAGGGACUCGGAGACGUAGAGAAGGGUGACAAGAACAAUGAUACUCAGAUUUUUGCACUGGCAAUACUACUGAGUAGUACCUUUGUUUACAAUACCAUGAACAAAAUUGACCAGAGGGCUAUUGACCUAUUACAUUAUGUAAUAGAACUGUCAAAUUUGCUGAGGACACUAUCCUCACCUAAUCUUGAUGGCGUUGAAGAUGCACCUGACUUUGUGAGCUUCUGUCCAGACCUAGUGUGGACCCUGAGAGAUUUCUUCCUCUCCCUGGAAGCAGACGGGCAACAUAUCACAGCAGAUGAGUACCUGGAGAAUUCACUGAAGCUGAAGCAAGACACUGAUCAAAGUCAUCAAAAUUUCAAUUUGCCCCGUCAUUGUAUACAGAAAUUCUUUCCAAUAAAGAAGUGCUUCAUCUUUGACUUACCUGCACACCGGAAGAAGCUUGCCCAGCUUGAGACACUACAUGAUGGUGAACUAGAUCCUGAUUUUGUGCAACAAGUAGCAGAUUUCUGUUGCUACAUCUUUCACCAUUCCAAGACUAAAACUCUUUCAGGAGGCAUCGAGGCCGAUGGACCUCGACUAGAAAGCCUGGUGCUGACCUAUGUCAAUGCCAUCAGCAGUGGGGAUCUGCCCUGCAUGGAGAACGCAGUCCUGGCCUUGGCCCAGAUAGAGAACUCCGCCGCGGUGAAAAAGGCCAUCGCCCACUACGACCAGCAGAUGGGCCAGAAGCUGCAGCUGCCCACGGAAACCCUCCAGGAGCUGCUGGACCUGCACAGGGACAGUGAGAAAGAGGCCAUCGAAGUCUUCAUGAAGAGUUCCUUCAAGGAUGUGGACCAAAAGUUCCAGAAGGAAUUAGGGACCCUGCUGAAAGCAAAACAGGAUGACUUUUGUAAACAGAACUUGGAGGCAUCAUCAGACCGUUGCUCAGCUUUACUUCAGAAUAUUUUUGGCCCGCUAGAAGAAGACGUGAAGCGGGGGACUUAUUCAAAGGCAGGGGGGCAUUGUCUCUUCAUUCAGAAGACCGAAGAGCUGAAGGCAAAGUACUAUCAGGAACCCAGGAAAGGGAUACAGGCUGAAGAAGCUCUGCAAAAAUAUUUAGAGUCCAAGAAGUCUGUGAGUGAUGCCAUUCUACAGACAGACCAGGCUCUCACAGCGAAGGCAAAGGAGAUGGAAGAAGCACGUUUGAGAAAAGAGGCUGCGGAGGCUGAAGCUCAAAGGUUGGAGAUGAUUCGAAAGCAGGAGCAGCAAAUGAUGGAGCUGAGGGAGAGAGAGCAUCAGGAGAAACUGAGACAAAUGGAGAGGGAAAGAGCCCUCCAUCUGGCCGAGCAACAGAGGACUUGGGAAAGAAAACUCCAGAAAGAGACUGCAGAGCAGCAAGAGAGAGUCCAAGCUGAAAUUCGAAGACUUCAGAAUGAGCUCCAGCAUCAACAGUGCCGUAUCGACUCACAAGAUAACUGCAUCUUACUCUAAAGCUAAACAUCAGAACUUCUUUUCAUGUUUAUUUCCACUGAGGACAGAAGGAAACAAGAAACUAUAAAACUUGGGACAGU